CGGCCGCAAGGCUUUGCCAUCAGGCAAGAACGUUCUUCAUUGAUGUAUCGACCUUGAUAGCAGCGCAGCAAUCGAACUAUAUAUUUCCACCGUGUCUCCCUUCCUUCUCCCACCUCCAUGUUUACACCACCCCACAACAUACAAGACGCGUCAUCGCAAUCCAAUCCCGCAGCUGUCGAUAUCCCUUCUUCUACCUCCAUGUCCACCCCAGGCCAAAACAUGCUAAGUCCGUCAUCACCAUCUAGCCCCGCACCUGUUGAUAUUGACUUCCCAGCCACUGAUGAUGGGAUCAAGCCGCAUGCAGCGAGCAAGGAACUUGCAGUUGCCGUGUCUAUUGCGGGAGGCCUUGGUAAGAAUAUGUCAGACACCCUGGAGCAGAUCCUCGAUGUCCUUCGAGGGUCCACUAUUGCUGAAGAACUUUCGAAUGAGUACGACAACUUCCUCGAGCGGGCAAAUGACGAUCUGGGUAUCACCUUGACUUUUAUUACUGCUAACGGCCCAAAUUCCGUACCGGACAUCAGCAAUCUUUCCUCGUCCAUGGGCUAUUCGUCUUCCACAGUCUGGAUACAGACGCUUGCCUAUGCUAGCCUCGCGUUUAGCGUCUUUCCUGCGUUCGGAGCUGUCAUGGGGAAGCAGUGGCUUAACUCUUACAAGGCAGCUCGGGGACGAGGGACUCUGGAGGGACGCGGCAUGCAGAGGCAGAUGAAGCCGGAUGGGAUACAGUAUUUUCACCUGCAGACCGUCUUGCGGGCAUUCCUGGUGCUCCUCCAAAUCUCGCUGCUCCUGUUCGGCUUGUCACUCAGCGCCAACAUGUGGACCCAGCAAACGACGAUAUCCAACAUCAUCGUCUCCAGCACUGCCUUCGGCAUCCUCUCCUACACAGGAACUGUAUUCGUGUCAGUGUGGCAUCCAGCCACCGGGGUCGGAGCUAGCCGGGGCCUUCUGCAGAACAUUCCUUCCACUUGGCUCAAUGACUCCUAA